AUGAAGCUUAAAAGAUGUUACCCGUCUGGAUAUGAAAAGAGAAAAAAGAAGCAAAGAGUCGAAAGUUUACUCAAAUCUCAAAUAGGGGCUAUUGAUAAAUUCGUUACGGCCAGUAAACCGAUAGAACAUUCGGCUGAAGACUUGGAAAAUAAAGAAGAUGAAGGUUUGGAGAAUAAUGAAAAUUUGGUGAAUGAAGAAGUUGAAAGUUUGGUGAAUAACGAAAACGAAAACUUGGUGAAUGAAGAAGGAAAUGGGAGUUUAGGGAGUGGAGAAGCCAAUCAAGAUGAGGAGAUGAAUGUUGAAUGUGAACCUUUGAAUAUUGAUGAUCCGAAUAAUUGGAAAAAUAUUGAUCAUAAUUUACGAGAUUUAUUAGUAGAGAGAGGUCCUGUGAGAAGAGAUUGCGACGUAAACUUCUCUAAGGACGCUAAUGCUAGGCAUUUCUCCUCCAUUUAUUACAUUCGGCAUUUAGCAAAUGGAGAAAAACUUGAUAGGAAAUGGCUAAUAUACUCGGAGGUGGAUGAUACAACAGGAAUGGGACUUUUUGGUGAACUUCAAGAAGCGUUAGUUAGCCUUGAACUUGAUAUUGGUGAUUUAAGAGGACAAGGAUACGACAAUGGUUCUAACAUGAAAGGAAAAAACAAAGGCGUUCAAACAAGAGUACUUGAGCUUAAUCCUAGAGCAUUCUAUACGCCAUGUGGUUGUCAUAAUCUCAACCUUGUGCUUUGUGAUAUGGCCAACUCUUCCUCUAAAGCAAAAACUUUCUUUGGUGUGGUACAACGGAUAUAUGUUUUGUUUGCAUCUUCCGUUCAACGAUGGGCUAUUUUGAAAGAUAAUGUGGAAGGUUUCACGGUUAAGCAAUUGUCACAAACGCGUUGGGAAAGUCGCAUUGAAAGUGUCAAACCACUAAGGUACCAUGCUCCACAAAUAAGAGAUGCUUUAGUUAUCUUGGCAAAUACUACCACAGAGGCGUUGGCAAAGAGUGAAGCUAAAUCCCUAGUUACUCAUGAACUUGAGAAUUUUGAGUUCUUGUUUUGCAUUGCUAUUUGGUACAAUUUGUUGUUUGCUGUUAACUCUGUUAGCAAGCUCCUUCAAAGUGAAGAUAUGGAUAUAGAUGUUGCUGUAAAGCAAUUGAAAGGACUUAUUACCUAUUUUGAAAGGUAUAGAGAAAAUGGUUUCGUGGAGGCAAUGGUUGAAGCUAAAGAAAUGGCAAGUGAAAUGAAAAUUGAACCUUCAUUUGUUGAAAAACGCAUUAUUUGCAGAAAGAAACAAUUUGACGAGGAUAUUAGUGAAGAAGUGACCCAAUUGUUUGAAGAAUCCUUCAGAGUUAAUUACUUCUUGUAUAUUGUUGACAAAGGUCUUUCGUCACUCAAGAAUAGAGUGGAUGAUACCGAAAUUCAUGCUAAGGAUUCAACCCAAACCUCGGCUGAUGAUGGAGCUAUUAUUGCAGGAGAUAAACUUCCUUUCUUGGAAGAUGGCGCAGCGGAAAUUGUCCCAGAUUCAGAGGUUGUGGAACAUGAUGUAGGCACCAACUGGACUCAUCUAGAUGAGUUUCAGGUUGUUUGGGCCAUUAACAAGUUCAUGGGCCUCCAUUAUUCGGGUGAUGAAAAGGAUCUUACUCGCCGAUUAGCGAUUAUGGAAGCAGAAGAUGAGGAAAGGGCAAAGGCGCAUCAUCAUAAUGAUUAA